AUGUCCUCGGGUUCUACGAAAGCGAUACCUUCCAAAAAGCUAAAGCACAGGAUGCGGCGCUGGCUAUCCGAAAUUCCAGGGAGCUAUUGGCUGAAAUUGGCGUGCUACACCUUUACGACAAGAGCGGAAAGUCAGGUCACUUCUUCCAGAGGAGUUAUGAUCUAUCUUGCAAUGUCGCAUGGGCCCAAGGCGCUGAGUGAUCACGUUGGCAAUCAGGUUGAACGAUCCGCCAAAUGUUUCAAGCUGAAAUCCGAGAUUCCGAGUCCGGAGGCGGACGUCAGGAAGGCCGUGAUUGAGGAUUUUUCUGGUAAGCCUCCCCUUGCCCUCGCCUGGGGCUGGACAGACACAGUCAAACGUGCAACCGUGGGGUCCACUUAA